CUUCCCACAGAUCGUAUAUCUUUCCAUUCUCGAGCUGCAGACAAGCAGCUGCCAUGGCGUCGUCUCUGCUCUGUUCCCCAAUCUCAUCUCCUCUCUCCGACCUCUCCAAUCCCAGGAAUCGCGAUUUGGGUGUUGCCUCUGGAUUCCUGAAAAGCCCUUUUCUUUCCAAACCCAACCUCCUCCAAUCUCCCCCUAUUCUCAAUCCUGAAAGAAAGGUUCUUCGGAGAUUCCAGACUCUUGCUGCGAAGAACGGGUACGAUCACAUCCCCAAGCGCUUUCGGGAAGAGAAUCUCGAAGACGGAUUGAUGGAAAACUUCAAAAAUGCCCCCAAACAGCUGUAUGGUCUCACUCCUUCACAGAUGGACAUGUUCAUGACAGAAGAUAACCCUGUUGCGCGGCAGUCACAAAAAGUCACAGAGGAAACCAUUUCUUCAGCGAGGAACUAUCUAGACAAUGGAGGCAUGUAUAGCCUAUCAGGUAUGCACGACGGUCCAUCAAAGUAUAGCAUGAGUGUAAGCAUGUAUCGUGGAGGAGCUAGAGGAUAUGGAAGGCCCCGAAGUGCUCCGCCGGACUUGCCUUCUUUACUUUUAGAUGCCCGAAUUUGCUAUUUGGGCAUGCCUAUCGUUCCAGCAGUUACCGAGCUUCUUGUUGCUCAGCUCAUGUGGUUGGACUAUGAUAACCCUUCAAAACCCAUAUAUUUAUAUAUAAAUUCAUCUGGGACACAGAAUGAGAAGAGGGAGACGGUUGGAUCAGAAACUGAGGCAUACGCUAUUGCUGAUACCAUUGCUUAUUGCAAAUCCAAAGUUUACACAGUGAACUGUGGUAUGGCAUAUGGUCAAGCAGCAAUGCUCUUGUCACUUGGCGCAAAGGGCUUCCGUGCUCUCCAGCCAAAUGCCUCCACAAAAUUGUAUCUGCCGAAAGUCAAUAGAUCAAGCGGAGCAGUUAUUGAUAUGUGGAUUAAGGCAAAAGAGCUUGAUGCAAACACCGACUAUUACAUUGAGUUGUUAGCUAAAGGCAUUGGGAAACCAAAGGAAGAAAUUUCAAAAGACAUCCAACGCCCUAAAUACUUUCAAGCACAGGAAGCUAUUGCAUAUGGACUUGCAGACAAAAUAAUAGACUCAAGGGAUGCUGCAUUCGAGAAGAGGGACUAUGAUUCAAUGCUGGCACAAUCAAAAGCCAUGCGUAGUAGGGCUGCUGGAAUGGGCACACAGGCAGCUCCGUCUGGCGCACGAUAAGCAAUCUAUUGGAAUUGUAUCUGAGAAGUGCGAGCAUAAUUUAAACGGAAUCGACAGUGGGAAUGAAAAGAAAAAACAAUUGUAUUGUCAUAUAUACUUUUGUUUUAUGGAGGUGGGGUUGGGUAUACUUUUGGUUUUGGUUUAACCUCGACUUCAUUUAUGUUGCGCACGAAAAUGGCAUCAGGCUCGUGGCUGCAAAACAAAAGUCCACGUGAGAUUAUACACUGAAAAGACCAAGGUACAGAUGGACAUCAGAUACGUACGGUUUAUCUCCCUCUUCAUAUGUAUAACUGGAUGCCACUGCCAGUAACCGCCCAUCUCUGCUGAAGGAAAGAGCUGCAAUGCUUGUAGGGUACUUGGAGUACUGUGAAAGAACAGUUGAAAUAGGCAAUUAUGAGCAUGUAUAUUUAUUCCUAUGUGAUAACCAGAAUUGCUUGCAAAUGUUACCUGAUAUAAUCUUUUCUUA